CGACCUUUUGGAGGCUCAAAACACCACGGAGCGAGCGGUCAAACACGAUGCCAGGGCUGCGAGCGAGCGAAUUCCCCAAAGCCAAUUGCAGGGGUGAGCGCCGGCCACGCCGUCAAGCCAGUCCGCUUCCGGGGCUCGAGAAUCGAGUCCAAGAGCCCACGUUCCUACAGGGGUCGGCGAGUCUUGCUGGCUGCGCUCGAGUCAGCUACAUAACAUGAACCCCGUCCACCUCUUGGGGGCCGUGUGGGUCAGAGCCCAAACCCGAGCGAUCGAGCGAGAGGAGUGUUGGCUGCAGUUCUGGACUCACUUUUUUUUCUUUUUCUUUUCCUUUUUUUUUUUUUUAAUAAGUUUUUCACCUUCUCCUCAUUUCAUGACAAUAGCACCCAUAGUUAAUUCCAUUUGUCUUGUUUGCUUCAUUUGCUGCUUUUACUCUACCUUUUUCUUUUCUAAAUUCUUUUUUUUUUUUUUUUGCAAACUGUCUUUUCUCAUUAGGCUUUGCCUUCUUGCUUGAAGGUUGCCACAUGUUGCAGCGCUGGCGCGGAGUGGCGAUAAAUGCAGUGUGGUCAACUCCGUCCUUCACCAUCUGCCUGUUCAACACUUUGCAUCGGUAGCGCGACGAUCCUGUCCUGUCUCUCAUCAGCCACCUACUCUUCGAUCUGAUCUGUGCCGGCCCAGCCAGAAAAAGCAACAAUCCUGUCAGGUGGAAAUCACAGAUGCGCAUCCAACAGAUCGGCGCUACCUGUUCCUUGAAAACUCCAUAGCUCGCUGGCUUUAACUUUCCACCCGCACCCCUUCACCAGACUGCCAUCAUCCUUGUUGGGCUUUUUCACGCUCUCUCUCACAGCUUUUCUGAUCUUCUGUUGAUCCAGCAUAUCUCUCUUUCCAUUGAUCCUUACAGAACAUCUUGCAGCUGGAGAAUUCAGUUGUUAUCAUUCUCUCCCGUGGUUGCAUUUAUCCAGCCUGUUUGCUCUCUGCCACCGCCCCACCACAUCUUGGCCCGUCAAACAGACCUCUUCACCACUCAGCUCUGAUAUGGGAUCGUUGCCCAUCGGUUGAACCGUGUCACAUCCCAUCCCAUCUCCCCAGUACACAAUGUUCAGUGAUGGAGUAAACCGGAUUCCUGCGACAUCCCACCAGUCCUUCACUUCCUCCUCACAUGCUGCCCGUCCCAGUCCGCAACCUGAUGCCGCCACCUCGAGCUCAGCUGAUGCCGGCGCCCGAGCUGCUUCGGCCUCAAUAACUUCGUCGAAUCCUCCUCGUUCAAAUCCUCCUCGGCGUGCUCCUGGUCCCUCGUCAGCCCCAGACGAGCCCCGGUCCUCAAUGGCGUCCCGCUCGUCCCUUGCCCCCCCGAGCCUGCCCGACCGCAGGCGCCCUUCUUCCCAACGACACCACUCUUUCCAAUCCAGCCAUUCCCAACAGGAGAGACAUGGAGACCGGCCUGAUGCACCAGCCGUAACGUCCCAAUCGUCCCCUUCAUCUCCCGUGUCCCACCCAGCCAACCGGAUGUCCCGAUCGCUCGGUGCUUCCGCAGAUACCCCUCCUGAGCGCAUCAAAGUACGCGACCUCAAACACAUCCAACGCUUUGCCAGCGAGGAGAUGCUGUCGUCUUCGCGCGAAGGGAUGGCAACUCGUCCCUUUCAAAAUGCUGGUCGACAGUACGAUAUUCGAUCGAUGCCAGUCAUUGAUGUGAUCGAGAUGAUCGCAGGUCUCCUAAACAAGAUCACCGCCACAAACGACCUUCAGCACGAACAUAUCCACCGUCACAUCCCUUCGCCGGAACGUGUUGCUAGCCUCAGUCCGCAGGCCGCAAGCGUACUGGCCUUCCAUGGGAAAAACACCCCCAACAUAGGGCUCUAUGACUAUCUCAUAAGGAUAUACCGGUACUGCCCGUCGUCCUAUGAGAUCUUCCUCUGUCUACUCGUCUAUUUUGACCGUAUGGCCGAAAUCGUCAAUAAGGGCCACCUUCAGAACCUUCAACGGCAGCACGAUGGCAAAAAUAGUCAACGGCCUACCUCUCCAGCUCCCCCGCUCACUAUCACUCCUGGUGGGCGCUCCUCUCACCUCAUCACGCCCCCUUCCUCCGGUGUCAACGCUCCACUUACCCACAGCGAACCUCCAUCUCCAAUGAUCCAAGAUCCACAGCGACCACCGACUUCAAACGCAGAUUCCAUGCAAGUUGAUAACAACAAUCCUGAUUAUACCCAUGAUCACAACAAUGAUGACGCCGAUGCAGUAGACUUCUCGCAUUAUUUCGUUGUUGAUAGUCUCAAUAUCCACCGUCUCGUUAUAGCGGGUAUUACGUGCGCGACCAAAUACUUUUCUGAUGCGUUUUGGACCAAUUCAAGAUACUCCAAGGUUGGUGGCAUACCACUUCGCGAACUCAACCACAUUGAGCUCCAGUUUCUCUUGCUCAACGACUUCCGUCUCUCCAUCUCCCCUGACGAAUUACAAACAUACGCGACGAUGUUGGUGGAAUUUUAUAUAAGAGAAAUUCUCAACCAGCGCAAACGGCUCCAGGAACAGACGCAGGGCCAGAUACCUCAGUCACCUCCGGGCACUCCACAAGCAGAGAUCAGAGCAGGAGCCUGAACAGGGCAUGGUGUAUGCAUGCUUGCAUCCAGCUCUCGCCCGACAUCUGAAAGGUUUAUGUAAGAUGACGACGCAUCAAGGCGCAUAGACCACCGAUUGAUAUCUCUCUGUAUGCCUACUGGAUUUAUCUCGGUUAUCUCUGUGAUGAACCAGCUGAGAAGGUCGGGACAUUUAUUUUCAACAAAUCGCAUAGCUAUUCCUGGAAUAUCUUCCGCAUCAUGCCACGAAGAUUAAUCCUUUGAGCUAUGCACAUCUGCUUAUGAAGCUUUCUACGGUUUUAUACCAAUUAUUCUGGAGUGUUUUUUAUUUGUUUCAUACUCCCCUUCUACACUACUUCUAUUUCUUUUCUUCCUUGAGCAGAGUUGAUGUUUUCACGCUUAUUCUCCACCUCGCUCCCUAAUGAUUUUUCAAAGUCUCUGGUUCUUGCGUGUAAUUCAUUUCUAUUGCCUCUCUUGCAGGGAAGUUAUGUGUUUAUGCUUAUUUGACCUUCUAAUUUGACCAGGGGUUUUCUUUCCACCUCAUUCAUUUCUAGCAAUACCUUUUAUUUUUCUUUUUUGCUCUGUAGCUGUGCGCAAUUGUCCAGCUGAUACAGAAGUAUUAUCAUCUUUUUAAUCAAUGGAAUUCCUGAUUGGCCUGCUGACCCAUUGAUAUUAUCAUUUCUUUUU